UUUUUUUUCUUAGAUUUUCAUUAAGAAGUGUGGAGGAGAAUAAGGUUUAGCCUAGUGUUACGCGCUUUCAAUUCCAAGCCAAGUCAAGUCAAGUGGUCCCAAUCUCACUCCUAUAUGCAAUUUGAGCAAGAAGCCUUUACUAAAUUUCUGAACUUUUCAAUUUCUCUGAGAUUCUUCUGUGUUCUUUUCUGAAUUUCUGGCUCUUUCAAGCUCACUUAUGCUUCCUAAAGGUUGGCUUAUCGAAACCAGUUUUUCAACAAGUCACCACUCUCUCUCUCUAUGUUAUGCUUAUGAUGCAAUUUCCGAAGGCAAGGCGACUUUAAGUUGAACCAGUUUUUCCCCGAAGGACCCCAUGGAAGAGAGUCAUGAGGUUGAAAGAGAGAGAAGGGCACUGGAUCAAAUGAAAGGGCCAUAUCGAUGGGCCAUGUACGAGGACUGGGAACGCCUAAGACGAUAUUACAAGGAUAAUCCAACCAAAGUACUUGAUCCAUUGACAACGUACAAUGACAAUGCACUUCACCUUGUAGCCUUCGCUGGACGCAUGGACGUGCUGCAGUUUUUGAUUGCGCUGAUAAGAGAACCUCAGAUGUUACGCCGUGCGUUGACAAUGAAGAAUAGCCAUGGCAACACCACUCUACAUGAGGUGGCGCCGUCUGGAAAUUUGGAAGCCGCAGUGCUCUUGGUGGAUCUGGAUAACAACGUUAGGGAUGAGCUUGCUGAUGUUAUGAAAGAUGAUGUUAGCAAUGAAGGUGUGCUAGAUAUUCGAAACCAGUUAGGAGAGACCCCAGUCUACAGGGCCGCUUCUUUCGGCCACACAAAGUUGGUCCAAUAUUUGGUCAAAAAAGUGGGCCACAUAAAUAUAAUGCCGCACUUGCAAAGAAGUAGUGAUCAAACAUCCAUUCUUCAUAGCGCAGUCAUUGGCCAAAAUUUUGAGACUGCUCUUUGGUUGCUAAAAGAGUACCCAGAUCUUGCGGACAAAAAGGAAAGCAAUGGACUGACAAGUCUUCAAUUGCUAGCCCAAAUGCCAUCUGUCUUCCAAGCCAAAUUUCGCAAAAGCAUAUGGAAGAUGCUCAUUUAUAAAUGCCUUUUAAUGAUGAUAAUAUUGAUCGGAUCCCACCAAAUGACUUGGAGGGCAGGAUCAAUCACCCUUGCCAAUCUAGUUGUUCAAAGACGAUUACGAGAUUCGAAAGCCUAGGAAGCCGUAUGAUGUUCGAGAAAAUGCAAAAUGAAAAAUCACUCUUGGAACUCACUCAUUUGCUGGUCGAAAAGGACUAUUCAUGGAUGGCAUCAAGGGAAGAUGAUGUUCGCCGUGAUGAUGAUAGGAACCAUACCCCAUUGCUCAUAGCGGCUAGAAACGGAAUAUCAGAAAUUGUGAAAAAGAUGUUGGAGUUACACCCUCAAUCGGUUGAGGCUCACGAUAUUGAUGAGCAACAAAACAUUUUGCACGUGGCCAUUAUGCAUCGCUGGAUGGAGAUCUUUAAGCUUAUAAAAAAGAGCAAAUCAAUAACAUCAAGGAUGGCUAUGAAGAUUGACAACAAUGGCAACACCAUAUUGCAUCAAGCUGCAACUAUGGUAUAUUACUCAGCAGACACUCAGCGCCUAGGUGGUCCAGCGUUACAAUUGCAGGACGAAUUGCGUUGGAUGGCGGUGAGUGUCAUGAGUUAUGUAAUUAAUUGAAGUUCAUAUACUAGCUAGGAAUGAUGCAUGCAUUUUCUUUAUUCAAUGUUGUCGUCUAUGAGUUUUGAACUCAAUACCUCCUCCAAUAAGGCACAGAAACUCGGUGCCACUACACCAAACUGACAUAGAUGCAUUUAAAAUACAAACUAUCCCCAAUAGGGUAGGUAGUUUAAUAAUUUUUAUUUAUUUAUAAUAUACGUGAUAGUCUAAACUACAGGAUAGGGGGUUAUUUUCUGUUUCCUUUCGUUGGCUAGUAAAGCACUUUUGUUAAGUUAACGAUAAUCAAAAUAUGUAUGAAGUUAUUAGUUAUUAAUUAUUUUGAUAAAAAAAGAUAAACAUCUUCCAACCUUACAAAGAGAAAUACCACUAAUUAACUAGUUAUUUUAAGUAUAAACCUGCUUAUAAAUUUAUUUGUUACUUGAGCAAUGUUCAUGAUGGUGCUUGAAAUGAUUAAUCCUCGCCUCAUCAAUUUUUCCAUGUGUGGCUAGCGUGUGAAAAAGAUUAUUUCACCUC